AUGUGUAUCAAUGCAACUCGUAAUCCUGAUUUCUCUCGCUUCGAUUUCAGGAAAAACUUGGAAACCCGUAAAAAAAAGAAGAAGAAAAUUUUUAGUCCAUGCGAGGCCUCAUAUCAACCACGAACUGCGCUGCUAUGGCUUCUUAUCCUCUUCCUCGUCCAAGUCGUCCCCAUUUACAACCAAAACAUCAGGUUCCUUAUAUCAACACUCAUCUACAAUCACUUACCUCAUCAGUUCAUGUGGGGUUUCUCCCGAAUCUGCAAUUCUAGUCUCCAGACAUCUAGAUCUAUCAAAAUCCUCAAACACGGCAGACUCUGUUCUGGCCUUUCUCGACCACUACGGGUUCACCAAAUCGCAAAUUUCAAAGGGGUUCCUAAACUUAGAAUAGCAUCAAUGUUAGCGCAACAACCUAGAACUUUCUUUACAACUGCUGAUAGAUUUAAAAAGGUUGUUGGGGAUGUGAAGGAAAUGGGGUUUGACCCUUCAAAAUCUAGAUUUCUUUGGGCGAUUCAUGUUAUUAGGUCAAUGAGCAAAUCCACAUGGGAUAAGAAGGUGGAGCUUUAUAAGAAAUGA